CAGCACCCAAAGAAAAUCAUACUCACCCAACUUCAUACAUUAUUCAUUCAAGCUUCCCAUUUCUCAACUCCUCAAAUAAGCACUUAUUAUCUUAAGCGCGUUUGUAAACUUAACUUAUAACAAAACAAAACAAGUUGUUUCUUUAGUGGUGUGAGGAGGAUGGGUAUUGAAAGAACAGGACUUAAGAGUUUUCGAAGCGGAUGGAGUGUGCCACCUAAGCUUUGUGAUUCUUGCAAGCUUUCUUCUGCCGCGCUUUUUUGCCAUUCUGAUUCCGCGUUUCUGUGCAUCAAUUGUGAUUCCAGGAUUCAUUCUGGUAACAAACUCUCCACGCGCCAUGAGCGCGUCUGGAUGUGCGAAGUUUGUGAACAAGCACCAGCCUCCGUCACGUGUAAAGCUGACGCCGCUGCUCUCUGCGUCACGUGCGAUUCUGACAUCCACUCAGCAAAUCCACUCGCGCGCCGUCACGAGCGCGUUCCCGUCGAACCUUUCUUCGAUUCUGCCGAAUCCGUCGUGAAAUCCUCCUCCGCCGCUGCUGCAGCCGCCGCUUCGUUCAAUUUCGUCGUCCCUUCCGACGACGGAUUCAGCCACGAGGACACCGAUGCAUCUGCGUGGCUGAUUCCGAAUCCGAAUUUCGGAUCUAAACUCGCCGAAACUCCAGAUAUCAAAACCAGAGAGAUGUUUUUCUCCGAUAUGGAUCCGUUUCUCGAUUUCGAUUAUUCAAACAACUUCCAGAACAAUAAUUGCAACGCGAUAAACGAUAGCGUAGUUCCGGUUCAAACCAAACCUACUCCGGCACCGAUGAUGAACCAUCAUAACUCAGAAGCUUGCUUCGACAUCGAUUUUUGCAGAUCGAAGCUAUCCUCGUUUAAUUAUCCAUCACAUUCUAUUAGCCAAAGCGUUUCUUCUUCUUCACUUGACGUCGGAGUGGUGCCGGACGGGAACAUGGUAUCGGAGUUUUCAUAUACUUUCGGUUCGGAAUCAAUGGUGUCAGGUGGUGUGAAUAGCAAUAGCAACAACCAAGGGGUGCAAGGAGCAACUCAAUUAUGUGGAAUAGACCGUGAAGCGAGGGUUCUGAGAUACAGAGAGAAGAGAAAGAACCGUAAAUUCGAAAAAACAAUUCGUUACGCUUCGCGAAAAGCCUAUGCAGAAACCCGGCCUAGAAUCAAAGGCCGGUUUGCGAAACGAACCGAAAUUGACUCGGAUGUAGACCGUCUCUAUAACCCUGCAGAACCUCUCACCGUUCCCGGUUCACUUUUAAUCGACUCUCCGUACGGUGUCGUUCCGACGUUUUAGAAAACAAGAAUCGAAGGGGUAACCGAUAUGAUACUGCUCAAUUAUCAACUGAGCUGGUUUAACGAGAAUCUCCUGGUGGUGGGAUGUGUUAGAAUAAUACUAAUGAUUAGUGAUUCUAUGAAGCGUUGAUUACUAUUUUGAUUAGAUUUGGUGCAGUUGUACGGUGUAGUGGAGGAGCAGGAUGUCUGAAAUUGAAAAGAAGGAAAGAGUUUAGGGGUGAUAGUAUUAAUCUGGAGUAGAAUUAGAAAGUGUACUGUAAAAUGCAUUUCACUGUUUAAUGUGCUAUUUUGAGUAAAAAAGAAGUGUCUUUUUCUAAUGGGAUCACGGAUCUCUUUCCUAGUUUUUAUUGGAUGGGGUGCCACUCACUCUCCAACUGUAU